AUUAUUGUUUUCAGCGUGCUCCAUUGCAACAACCUGCCUGUGAAAAGCUAAGGUGAUAUUUCACCCCAAAUUUCAUCAUGCCAAAGGUUCGGAGAAGUCGGAAAAGGACUCCAGAAGGAUGGGAACUAAUCGAACCUACCCUUGAUGAAUUAGAUCAGAAAAUGCGAGAAGCUGAGACUGAACCACACGAAGGCAAGCGUAAGGUCGAAGCACUCUGGCCGAUAUUCAAGAUUCAUCAUCAGAAAUCAAGAUACAUAUAUGAUCUGUUCUACAGAAGAAAAGCUAUUAGUAGAGACUUGUAUGAAUUCUGCAUCAAGGAGGGCUAUGCCGAUAAAAAUCUGAUCGCUAAAUGGAAGAAGCAGGGGUACGAGAAUCUUUGCUGUCUGCGCUGCAUCCAGGCCAGGGAUACUAACUUUGGAACCAACUGUAUAUGUCGAGUACCCAAGAACAAGCUGGAGGAGGGUAGGAUAGUAGAAUGUGUACACUGUGGAUGCAGAGGAUGUUCAGGUUGAUACUACGACAGAGGUGCAAUCAAACAGAGUGGUAUGGACUAUGGAGGAGGAGGUAAAACGGA